AUGGAUCAAUUGAAAAACCUCACGAGGUAUAAGACGGAAUUGAACUUCUCCAAUUAUGAACAGACUUAUCAAAAUAUACAAAAGGACAUUCACGAUUUAACCGCUGAUAACAAGAAUGAAGAAAUUGAUGGAAAUAGAUUGAUCUAUGAGCUCAUAUUCAGCAGUAUAAGCAUUGAUGGUUUCAGCGGUGAAGUGCUUGUGGAAAAAGCUGAGUCAAUCAUAAUGAAAAGCAUUGAUGAUGAUUUAUCAAUAGUCCAGGAAGUACCGGGGUUGAUUGAUCAGUUCUUAGACAAUUUCAGUGAAAUCUCUCAAGGAUCAGCAAAUAUAAUAGAUGAAAAGCUAUUGGGGGUAGCUUUUGGUAUACUGUUUCUUGAUACUGACUCGCUAUUGGAGAAGAAAAUGGUUAUUAAAUCAUUUUUGAUAGAAUUAGCUUUUAGGUUAUGCUCUAAAUCUGAAAGAAACAGGUCAAUUAUAUCACAAAUACCCGGAAUAACACAUAGUAUCAUAGGUAAUCUCUCAGAUACAAGUUUGAAACAACCAUUACAAGAGCUAUUCUUGGAACUUUCCAAAUCUUUAUUACUACCCUAUGACUUGUUGAGCUUAAUCAACAAGAGUAUAGAAUCAUCAUCAACCGAACAACAAUUUUACCUUGAUCAGAUCACUUCUUUACUCAACACCAAAAACACAAAUCAUUUACAUUUCAAGAACUCAUCAGUUAAAGUCCCAGUGAGCUAUGUAUCAUCACCAUCAAAUGGUUACACAAAUCAGUUUUGGAUUAAGUUCAAUAAUCUGGAGAAGAGUGAUUUUUUCAGAGAUAUAAGUGGAACCAUACUACGGCUUGAUGAUGGUAAUUUAUGUUUGAUACAUAAGAAUAGAUUAUUAGUUAAAUUCGAAAGCUUCCAGUUUGAAGAAGGCCGUUAUUAUCAUAUUGUACUCUUACAUCAAUUAGCAAAACUAUCAAAUGGGAAUGCUAUCAAAGGUAAAGUGAAAUUAUUUAUCAAUGGUGAAUUCAUCGAACAAGAGAGACUCAUAUACUCCACAAAAGAUUUUAACUUCCACGAUAAUCCAGGAGCUGAGGUUAGCUCAUUUAUAACGAUCGGGUCUAAUACUUGUGAUUUUGAAAUUGCUAAACUGUUGAUAGUCAAUGAAGUACAAGCCAUAGAAUGGAUACUUUUGUCAUACUAUCUGGGUAUUGAAUACCAAGGUGAUUUCUCAGAUGAUACAUUAAUCAAAUUUUUGAGCAUAUAUGAAAGAACAAGGUUCAAUUUAAAGCUAUUAGAAUCAAAAAAUAACAUUGAUGGUGACUUAAGUCUAGAGGAUUUGAACCUCAAAAUUAUCAGGUCCAAUCUACUUUUAAAUAUAACAGCAGGUAACUCUUUGUCAGAAGAGUUGUUUGAAAGAGGAAAUGAUUAUUUGACUGCAAAUUCGUCCUCACUCUUAACAAUUUCUGGAAGCAUAUAUCAUUAUCAAGCAACAAACAUAUCAGAAGUGUUUUACUCAAUUGGAAGCUUACAACUUUUCCUCAAGUUACUAUUUGCUAUUAAUGAUAUGGAUGUAUUGUAUAAUACGCUUUCUAUUUUUUUCAAAUUGGUGAACUCUAAUUGGAAAUUUGCCAUGGAAGUUGAAACUAUAAGUGGCUAUCAACUAAUAGCCACAAUACUGAAACUGAAGAGAAAUGAGUUUAAACAAAGUCUUGAUUUAAGAUUUUUGGAUUUAAUACUUGAUUUCUGUGGUUAUAAUUUUGCAUCACCAUAUCAUUCUGCCAUUAUAAACCCAUUAGCAUAUGAAGCAUUGAUUCUUGAUUUCCAUAUUUGGAAACCGUUUAAUGAAGAGUUCAAACAAUCAGAUUUAGAAUUAUCAAAAAAUUUGAUUUUCCAAUUCCAGGUGUUUGCAAAAGAUUGUAAAUAUAGUUCAUUCAAUUCAUUAAAGUUAAAAAAGAUGAAAGUAGUAAAGAAGUUGCUUACUUUUUUGACACAAAGUUUUUUCUCUCCAGAAAUGGAAGAUAAUGUUUUUGAUACACUUUUGAUAAUGGUCAAAACAAGUUUAUUUCCAGAUACAGUUAAAUCUUUAUCUUCUUUCGUUGUGCAUGCAUUGAAUGAGGGCAAUGAGUCAGCUGCUGUGUUGGUACUACGGGUCCUAGCUGCUGUAUUUUUAGACCCUCUUAUUUCAAAUGUGAGCUAUUGGAGAAAGUUAUUUGGUGCACCUUCUUUGAAGUGGAUACUUCUUGUGUUACAGCUUGGGAAAAAGAAUAAGGAAGUUGUUGAUAUUGCACUCUCAUUGUCAAUGAAAAUAUUCCUGAUGGUGAGAAAGUCUUUUGAUCUGUUUUAUAAAAACAAUGGACUCAAAAUUUUAUUUAGUUCACUCAGAGAUGUCAAACUCGACAAAAGAGAAUUAAAUAUAUUGGUCAAGGGGUCUUUUGGUCAUUAUCAGUAUGAUUUAAACUUUCAAAAAUUGGACUCGGAACUCAGUGAACACCUUGCUCAAUAUGACAAGCUUAUCAUUCCUGAAUUACAUUAUAUGAUAUUAGAUUUGCUAGAAUGGACCAUUUUACACGAUAUUUUCCAAACUAGUACACAACAAGAAAUUUCAGGUCUUAUUGAUUCUUAUACAGCCUUAAUAUCCAAAAUUUCAGAAGAGUCUAAAGGUAUUGAAAAGUUUUUCCAAAAUGAUAAACAGUUCAUCAACAAGUUAUGUAACAUCAUAAUUUUAGUCACAAAACCUCAAAAUACAACAAUUUAUUUUGAUUCUGCAGAAAAAAUUAUUCAGUUUUUAUCAAGCGUCAUUCUGUCAAAAAUUUUCAAAGGUGAUGCUUCUGGUCUUGAAGCUUAUAUCAACUCAUUUCUACAAAAAAAUGAUGAUGAAACGUCCGAUUCUACAAGAACAUUAUUUUUAUCUUUUGUUUUUCCUAAAGUAUUGAAACAUUUACAGGAUUUUUCUUCAGAGUUUAAGAUUUUGUUUUCUACAGAUGCACUCGAAAUCGAAAGCAUUGCUGUAUUUUUGAACUUACUCAAUGAUAGACUUUUAGAUUUUGAGUGGAAUAAGAAAGAUUAUUUCAGCUUCUUCAAUGUUUCUUUGGCUAUAGUGGAAGCAUACAAAGGAUCUGGAAAGAACACCAAAAGAUCUAGCUAUCUCCAACUAAAGAAAAACAUAGCAAAUGUAUGUACAGUGAUUAUGUACGUGCUUAGGUUUUCCACAUCUAUGGAUCAGCUAGAAAACUUUUUAAAGAUUCUACUGUUUCAUCAAGAAAAUUUGUUUGAAAAUGGAUCUCUUUCAAAUGAGUGUAUUUCAAAUUUGAUUUGCUUUUUACUUGAAGUUUCCAUGAAAAGUGAACCAAUGCUCACUGGAUUAUCGUUGAACUGUUUGAGAAUCUUAUUGAUGCACCGUCAGGGUGAUCUUACUGCCAUAUGUGCUUCAAUAACGUUCAAAAAUUUUACAACUGCUGCGAAAUACCUUGACUCAAUAUUAUCAAUGAAUGAUGAUGAUCUGGUAUCCAAGCUUGUUAGUGAUAGCAGGCUCAAGUCAACUUUUUGCGGGCAUCUUGAUUCUUUUGAGAAUAAGAUAUCCAAAAAAAUUUCAAAACAACAGUUUAUCACCGGUGAAGAAAAGAUGAAUCAUCUAUUCGAAAAGCAUGAUCAGUUUAUCAAGUUCAAAUAUGAGACAAUUGAAAAGUUGGGUAAAUUGUUACAGGAUGACAAUGAGAUGCUUCGUAUCAAAGUUGUUACUAGUGAGGCAAAUAAACUUGCAAGAAAUCAACAAGAUCAACAGGAUAAUAUUCAAUUUUAUAUUAGUUCUUUCAACAAAAUCAAUGUUGAGAUAACAAAAUUCAUGAAUCUUUGCUUUAAUAAUAGCUCCAUUAAUUCAAGGUGGACAUUAGAUUAUAUGGAAGGUAGUGAUAGAAUGAGAAAGAGGCUACUACCAUAUGAUGAUUUAACUGAGGAUCAAAAAGUUGCUUACUCAAUAGAAGUUCCAGUUAAACCAAUUGCAGCUAACAUUGCAAAUGAGCAGCCUAAGAAUGAGUCUCUCAGCUUGAACUCAUUUGAACUUAUUGAACAUGACUUAACUGAUGACUCAAUUGGUACAUAUAAUGAUAAAAACAGGAAGGUUUUGAAGAGUUUGUUCCCGGGUGAUCGUAUCCAUCAACUAUGGAAUGUAAGUCAAGUGGUUGGUCUUGAGAUAAAUGAAGGUAUUUUAAUCCUCGGUGAGACACACUUAUAUUUGAUCAGAAAUUUUUUCCAUAAGUCAGAAAAUGAUGAAAUAAUAGAUAUGGAUGAUGUUCCUGAGGGUGAAAGAGAUCCAAAUGUGAAGCUUAUCUCAGGGCAGCCUAGACCUAAAAGUGCAACUGGUAAGAGAGAACUCAAAGAUCAUAAUGUUCAAACAUGGGAGUUACAUAAACUCACAUCAGUAACCAAAAGACAAUUUUUAUUACGUGAUGUUGCUUUAGAGAUUUUUUUCAGUAAUGGUGGAAGUUUUUUGAUCACAUCCAUCAACACCAGAGAUAGAGAUAUAAUUUAUUCAAGUUUAUCUUCAGUUGCAACAAACUCCAAUAUAGACAGUGAUUUAUCAGCAAUCUUCAAAGAGACCAACUUGAACAAUACUUCAGGUAUUACAGGUAGAAAUAUCUCUAUGAAAUUGGCCAAUGUUUUUGGUACUGAUUAUAUUAAUUACUUGGAGGCUACAAAGAAAUGGCAAAGAGGUGAGAUGUCUAACUUUUAUUAUUUGAUGAUUGUUAAUACAUUGGCUGGUAGAACUUUCAAUGAUUUAACACAGUAUCCAGUAUUCCCAUGGGUUAUUGCAGAUUAUACUAGUGAUGAAUUAGAUUUGACCAACCCUGAAAGUUUCAGAGAUUUAUCAAAACCAAUGGGUGCUCAAACACCACAAAGAGCAGCUCAAUUUAAAGAAAGAUACGAAGCCUUACUGUCAUUUGAUAACGAAGAUGCACCAGCUUUCCAUUAUGGUACACAUUAUUCAUCAGCAAUGAUUGUUGCUUCAUUUUUGAUUAGACUAGAACCAUUCAUCCAGUCAUAUUUGUUACUUCAAGGUGGUAAGAUUGAUCAUGCUGAUAGAUUAUUCAAUUCGAUUGAGAAGGCAUGGAAAUCUGCAUCAAAAGAUAAUACUACUGAUGUUCGUGAAUUAAUCCCUGAAUUCUUUUUCUUACCUGAGUUCUUAUCAAAUAUUAAUGGUUAUGAUUUUGGUAGAUUACAAGAUGGAACUGAAGUCAAUCAUGUUCAAUUACCCAAAUGGGCUAAAGGUGAUCCAAAAAUAUUUGUUGAAAAAAAUAGAGAAGCAUUAGAAAGUAAAUUUGUUUCAGAUCAUUUACAUGAAUGGAUUGAUUUAAUAUUUGGGUUUAAACAAAUUGGUCCAGAAGCAGUUGAGGCUCUUAAUGUUUUCAAUUAUUUAAGUUAUCAAGGUGCCAUCGAUUUAGAUAAAAUUGAUAAUGUUGUUGAAAGAAGAUCAAUCACUGGUAUUAUACAUAAUUUUGGUCAAACUCCACAACAAGUUUUCAAUAAACCACAUCCACCAAGAGAAUAUAACUCAAUUUUAUCAGUUAGAUAUGAUAAACUAAAAACAAAUCCAACUUUAAUUUAUCAAACCAAAGUUCAUGAGCCAAUCCAUUACCUUCAAUAUAAGACACAUAGUGACAACAGUGGUGAUGCUUUUUGGAGAGGAUACCCAAAGCUUGUUCUCAAUGGUGAAAUUGAAGUUAAACUGGGGAAUAGCGAAGGUUCACUCGUUAUUAAUAGAAGAACUUUUGAAAGAGUACAUGAUGAUAAAAUUAUAGCUUUGAAAAUUUUGACUGGUUCAAAUAAUUUGAUAACUGGUACCAAGAAUGGUAUAAUUCAUGUAUGGAAUUACAAUGUUAUCAUCAAAGGUUUGAAUGAACAAUUAGAAUUUGAAGCUCCAUUAAGAGGUCAUUUAUCACCGAUAAAAGAACUUCAAGUUUCUCCAGAAUAUAGUUUAUUAUUAAGUUUAGAUUCAUUAGGUAAUUGUUAUUUAUGGGAUCUUGUUAGAUAUAAAUUUAUUCAAAAAAUUGACAUUAUGGGUGAUCAUUGUGCAAUUUCAUAUGAUACAGGUAUGAUUGCAGUAUCAAAUGAAUCAGAAGUCACAUUAUUUACUAUAAAUGGUGAAAAGAUCAUUAAUGAUAAAUUUGGUAUUGAUGAUGAUGUUUAUAUUACAUGUCUUGAUUUCGCUAAUUUUAGAAAAUUAACUUUAAACAAAUCACAAAAUGUUGAUUCUCAUGAAUUUUGGUAUGAAAAGGAAAUUUUAUUAACAGGUUGGUCAAAUGGUGAUAUAAAGAUUCAUGUAUUGGAUAUUGACCCGAUUGGUAAUUGGACUUUAGUUGAAAAAGCUUCAUUAAAUUUUAGUGAAUCAAGUAGUAAAACAAAUGGGAAAUUUUCAAAUAAAAGUAUAAGUAUAGUGGAAGGAUAUUUGAAAAGCUAUAUAAAUUUUGAAGGUGAAUCAAUUGGUAAGAUUGAGGUUGUUGCAGGUGAUGUUAAUGGUAGAGUAGCUGUAUGGAGAUGA